CCCCCAGUGGCCCCCUCUAGGGACCGGAGAGUGGAGAAGUUCAUUAGAGAUGAGAUAGCUAGACACCACUUGUGAGCCACUUGGCAUUUGAGAGCUGUCUGCAGCUUUAGGAGACCAGUCGCACUCUUUAGUAGCUGUGAGGGAGAAUGGAGUCCACGGGUCAUUCUGGGAGUGACUAACCCAUUCUUCACUAAGACGCUGGACCACUGGCCUCACGUCAUCAAACUUGGAGAAAUCUCAUCCAGCAAUCCUGGGACAGAGGAGAGCAGACCUCAUCAGAGAAGCAGGUCACCAGGUGACCUCUCUGACACCAGACCAGGGGUGUUCAGCAGGUACAAGCCCUUCUUGCAGAAAGACAAGACCUUUGCCAAACUGGUCAUCUCAAACAAGACUCCACCAGGCAAAAGGCCAAUGGAGGUUCAGAAUGUGAUGGUCAAGAAACAUGCUCUGGAAUUGACUACCAGUUUUAUCAUACCUCUGGAGAGGUAUCUGGCUAGUCUAAUGCCACUGAAGAGAGAUGUCUCCCCAUGGAGGCCACCACCUCAGCUGAAACCGUUUGAUAGUGAGUUAUUUCUGAAGGGAAUGGAAGGAGCUGGACCUCACCUCACUUCUGGGGUCAAGGGAAACUGGACUGGUCUCUACCAGAGAUUCCUGAGUUCUCCCAACUUCAUCUCAUGGUUCUCAGUGAGGAAAGAGGAGGCCAACCAGAAACUGAGACUCAUCCACUUGGACCAGCUCUGCAAGGCUGACAUAGGGUUCUGGAUGAGGGACAAACAAGAGGUAGAGAUUGUGGAUUUCUUACUUCAGGUCAAAGAAUGCCUGUCAAGGGCCACCCGGCAGUAUCCCUCAGUGUCAGCUCAGACAGUCCACACUCUCCAGUCACAGAUCAGAACUAUCAUUUCCUCUCUACCUGAGGACCUGCAGUCCUGUCUUAAAUCCUCUUUCUCUUCUCCCUAAAAGUUUCACAAAUGCUGGUUGAACCUAAUUAUUUUGCCUUGGUUAGAUCAUCGCUAACUGACU